AUGUCUUUCCAGCUGUAUGAUGGAGCCAUCACAGUCAACACAGACACCAGCCCUCUCGCCCUGGAUGAGGCGACGCGGACACUCUACAACCGCGCCAUUACCGACCCAUCCUCACUGACCGAUGCAGAACGAAGAAGCAUCACCCAUCGCCCGCCCGCAGAGGAAGAGGAUGCCCUCUGCCGAAGCGCCUGUGGACAGAGCAUGAGUAAACUCAUUGCCAAAGCCAUCCACAAUGGUGAUGCCCUCACGUACAAUGAAGCCCACCUCCUAACGGCCGGAGUCGUCCGCAACCAAGCCGGACGGCUCCUGGCUGAACGGGUUCGACUCAGCGCCGCGGACCGCGAUCUCACCCACAGGGCGGUCGCCGCUGCGAUGACCGAUGAGAUGAAGGCCGCGCGGACCAGUGCCCAGGCUGUGCAGCACCGCUGGCGCACCGCACAGAACGCUGCAGCAGAGGCCCUGAGCGACGACGAUAUCCGGAAUAUCCGCUACGCGCUGCACGUUCCCUGGCAGGACCACGUUCUGAGUUUCCCUGAGGCGACAGUCUGUGGCCUGGUAUUGUUCUACGCGGAUGGGCCCGAGUGGGCCGACUUCAAGGCGCAGAUCGAAACGGCCGUCUAUCACGGGUUGCACUACAAAGCGCUACUCAUGCUCAUGGAUGAAGCGGCCAUUGCCAAGUUUCAAACGAUGCGCGACAACAGCGAGAUUCCGACGGGCCUCCGAUUGGAUUGUUUCCUCUACGUGGAUGAGGAGUCUUUGCAAUCGCGCGACGAGGCCAGAGCGAACGUCUGGUUGGCCGAGCCGGAGGAGACGGCGGAGCCACUCAAGGUGCAUAUCAAGCACAUCGCCCCGACGCUCUUUGCGCGUCUCACUCAGCGCGAUCUCUCAGGCGAGGCAAAACGGCGACCGUAUCGCCACACCUCAGAGCUGGGACUGUUGCAUCAGGCGGCGCGUCACUCGCGGAAUGCAGAAGGAGAGCCGGAUGGGAUUUGGCCGCCUCCGGCUCGAUAUAUGUGA